AUGGGAGGUGGUGGCGGCGGCGGCGGCGGCAGCAGUACAAUUGGCGGUGGUAGCGUGCUAGGUGGACAUGGUACUCUUAUGAGCACGGCAGGCAAUAGUACGGUUGGCGGCAGUGGCAUGCACGGUGUUGGGGCUCCUCCUGGCAGUUUAAUGCAUGGCGGCGGUGGUGGGGGCGGAGGCGGCGGCCCUGGCGGCAAUGGCGGCAUCAAUACCCCCGGCAAUGUCUAUGGCAAUGGCGGUGGGGGCAAUGGCAACAAUGGGCCCGGUGGCAUGGUAGAUUCGCGGGCGGUAUCUGUGGUGGUUUCGCUGCCGGGCGGGCCUGGUAACCAGCAUCCGGGUCAGGCAUUAAGUGACUAUGGUCCUAUAUAGUUAAUGGUACGACCAGAUACAAACCACUGGGUGUCCACAAGUAGUUUUAGUCAGUUGUAAAAUGGGUAAGGGGUAAUGAGAGAGCCAAAUAGAGAGAGAGAGGGAGAGAGAUAGAGCUUGUAGAGUACAGCAACCCUUUUUGUAACUGACUAAUUUUCAUUUGUGUUUUUUUUUGUUUUUUCUUAACUUUUCUGUUUUUGUAUAAAAAAAAAAUUGAAAAAAAAAAAGUUUUUGCUUAAUUUUUUUUUCUUAACAGUUUACUGUACAAAAAGAAUUCAGCCGCCAUAUUAAAAUCUAGUAAAGUAGUUUUUAAUUUUUUUUUUUUGUUUUUUUAUAGUUUUCUCAGAAACAGAACAAGCAAACAUACUACCAGCUAUUUUAACUAUUUAAUAAAAAUCUAGUCCACAUUUUUCCUUAAAAAAACUACAUUUUAAGCGAGACUUGACUCUACUUGCAGAACGCUUACAAGCAUAGAGAGGAGAUCACAGAUCAUAGAAGAGCUCCCCGAAAUAGCAAGACACAUUCAGAGAAAACAAAAUAUAUGAUAAAUAAAAGUGAAAAACGAAAAGCACAAUAUCUUUUAAAAACAAUUUAAAAAAAAAAAAACAAAUUGUUUAUUCAAAAUAAACAAAAACCUUAACUACUUUCCUUUUUUUUGAAUUAUUUUUCUUAAAUAGACUGACUUUAAUUAAAAAAAAAAAAAAAACUAAAGAAAGAAAACAGAAACACAAAAAGUUUUUGCACAAAACUUUUUGUAAAAAAAAAACAACUCCAACCAUAACAGUGACAAAAGGGUAAAAAACAGAAUAACAAAAUUUUAACUGCCACUGCCAAACGCAAAGCCAUAACGUAAAACCAACUACAGCAACAAAGCGUCUAAGAAUCACCCUUCCCAAAUCAUAAUAACUACAAUCUAAAACAAAAAUCGAAUAAAAUAUCAGAAUAAAAACCAAACAUUUGUAAAAUAUUUCAUAUUUUUUAGCAGAAGAAAAACAAAAAACGAAAAUUAAGUUAGUGAUUAUUAUGAGGAAAAAACCGACACCCCCUUAAGUAUACAACAAUAAAAAAAAAAAAUCGAAAAUAUUAUAAAAAAAAGCUGCAACAUAAAAUUAAUUUUUUAAAAUAAACCAUUGUUAGUUUUUUAAGUUAACCAAAAACAAAAAAAAAUUGUAAAUAUUAAUUUAUAUAUUAAAAAAAAAAUAAGUCUUAUGUAUUUAAAACAAAAACCAAUCCAAAAAUGCAUUUUCUUAAAAACAAAAAAAAAAAACAAAAAACAACAACAUACAAAAAAAUUGGCAUUUAAAACAAAAACUACCAAAACUACCCCUGUAAACUUACGAAACCAGCAUUUAAGCUCAAUUAUCAAAUAUUUUUGUUUGACAUCUUUAUUAUUGUUUAAAAUUUAAAUAUAUUUUGUUAAAACAAAAACCCAAAUUUAUUGUAAACCAUAACCUACUAUCCUACUCCUCCCUCUCCUUGUGUAUAAAGUUUUACAAUAUUUAGUAAUUAUAUAUACAAAUAUAUAUAUAUAUUAAAUAAAUAAUAUUUAUAACUACCUAUAACUUAUGUGAAAACAUACCAACAAACAACCAUGCAAACAACUCCUUAAUAAUCCUAUUAUAAAACCACACCUACAUACACCACAAAACCGCAAAAGCAAAAAAAAAAAAAAACCAUGAAUUUAAUAAUCCUAAAAUGAAAACGAAAUUGCAAUAAAAACUGAUUUUUUUUAUUAAGAACAAAAUUAUUUAAAAAUA